CUCUGGUCAUCUCCUGUACUAUGUCCACAGUCUCUGGUCAUCUCCUGUACUAUGUCCGCAGUCUCUGGUCAUCUCCUGUACUAUAUCCGCAGUCUCUGGUCAUCUCCUAUACUGUGUCCGCAGUCUCUGGUCAUCUCCUGUACUAUGUCUGCAGUCUCUGGUCAUCUCCUGUACUGUGUCCGCAGUCUCUGGUCAUCUCCUGUAGUAUGUCCGCAGUCUCUGGUCAUCUCCUGUACUAUGUCCGCAGUCUCUGGUCAUCUCCUGUAGUGUCUGCAGUCUCUGGUCAUUUCCUGUAGUACAUCCGCAGUCUCUGGUCAUUUCCUGUACUAUGUCUGCAGUCUAUUGGUUCAGAGUAUUUUUUUCAUGUUUUCCUCCUCUAA